CACCAUGACACCAGCCUCAGCAGAUAGCUCUGAUGGCAGUGAAAGGUGGUGCACAGAGUUGAGCCAAAGUUAUUGUAGCUCUGGUUUGGACUACUUAGAAGAUACCUUUGAGUCCUUCAGUGAAGAGGAAGAAGACUGCUGGCAGGAAGAGAGUAAACCAUCUGAAUCAUGUUCCACAGAGGAUUUAGAGGGGUCUGCUGUGUCAGAUAUGUUGGAAGGACAAGAUUGUGCAGAAAUGACUGAGCUAUUAGAUGGAGAACUGGAUGCUCUCAGGGCUUUUUGCACCCUUAAGAUAAGCAGCAUGUGUCGGCAACUCAUCUCUGAGCAGGCAGAGGGUGGCAAGGCAAGGAGGCUGCAGCAUGGAUUCACAGCAAAGAAACCCCAGACAAGUGGCUCCAAUCUCAUCAUUCCUGCUCAGCUGAUGAACAGAAUCCACCUGGAAAAUAUCCGAGAGACAGUUAAGCAGGUGACAGAAGCUGAAAUCCACCGACCUUCAGUGUGCCCAGACUGUCAGAAGAAGGAAGCAGAGCUAGCCAAGGUUGCCUUCCUCAGAAGAAAGAAGGUGCUGAUGGAAAGUGCUUUAAUCCAGGAUAAACUGGAAGAACAGAUUUACACCAGAGAUGUGAUUACACUUCUAGGAGAAGCAGUCAGAGACCUUCCCAAACCUUCAGAGGAUCCCAAGAGCUUAUGGCAAAGGCUGAAAUGUCCGAAGAUGUAAGGCCUGAAAGUAGUAAAGAUAACUCAAGGACAUAAAGAACUGGGAGAGUCUGGUACUGAAUGCCAAUGAUGGUGGUUAUAACCUGCUCUGGCAGUGAUGAAUUGGGUGGUGGUGCAAUGCUCUUGCAGGUGGAACCAGAUAUGCCCAGACUGCUGGUGUCUGGGAUGUGAGUCAACUUCUUCAUCCUUCCCAAAUGCAAAUAUUGCAAUUGAACCACACACUUCUGCCAAAUUACAGGAGCCAACACCUCCUAUUAUUAAUCUGACAAGUAAUAAGUAUUGUUUUUUCCUGGGAUGGCUUCUGGGAUUUCAGAGCAGCUCACAGCUGCUUCCAUCCAUAAGGAAAUGAUUCCAUUUUUCAGGCCAGGGAGGUAUAAUUACUGGCUUUCAGCUCAAUUUUUGCCCACUGUCUCAUGUUAAAUUGAGAGUGAGAGCCCCAGGUGGAGGAGAAAAAAGAAGGUUGCAAAGGAACUCUAGGAAGGAGUAAAAUGAAAUGGGGUAUUUAUAGACCUGGAAUAAUGAGACUAUAACAGAAAUUAAUCAGCAAGGCUGCAGAUGCCAACAGGACGUGAAAUGAUAAUAAAUUAAUCAUAGAACCUAUGUAGGAUAGGUGUCCAGGAGGAGAAACAACAAGAUUGAAAAACAUAGAAUAAAAUUGGAAUAAGAUGCUAAAUAAUAUUUUUGACCUGUUUUUAAUCUACUUUGGAAUCAGUUGUAGAGUUCUGUGAUUUUUUUUUCAAGUGGCAAAGUGACUCUCUUUCAAAGAAUGGAUCUUCACAGCCCAGACCCAACUGUGUCCUGAGCUGAUCCCCAGCAGCAUGGGCAGCAGGUGGAGGGAGGGGAUUCUGCUCCUCUUCUCUGCUGAGACCCCACCUGCAGUGCUGGGGCCAGUUCUGGAGUCCUCAGCACAGCAGAGACAUGGAGCUGUUGGAGCAGGGCCAGAGGAGGCCACAGCAAUGAUGGGAGGGCUGGAAGCCCUCUGCUAUAAGGUCAGGCUGAGAGGGCUGGGAUUGUUCAGUGUGGAGAAGGCCCUAGAGAAACCUUCUGAUGGCCUUUCAAAACUUCAAGGGACCAAUCAGAAAGCUGUGGACAGACUUUUGAGCAGGGUCUGUGGU